AUGACCACUCUUUAUGUGACCCCUCACCCUGAUGACUUCAGGAGCCUUCUGGCUCUCAUUGCUGCAGAAUAUGGACCAUCCUCCCGGCCGCAGGUCAUUACAGAGGACCCUCCUGCGUCCCUGAACGCCCGCUCCAGACCAGCCCUUGUGCUGGGUGAUGUUGGGGAAGGUGAUUCUGUAGUGAGUGGGGCCACUGCUGUGUCAUGGUACUUAGCCUUUCAGGGAAAGAGGGCUGGUCUAGAUGAUAAACAGCAGAGCCAGGUGUGGCAGUGGCUCAGCUUCGCAGACAAUGAGCUCACCCCAGUGUCGUGCGCUGUGGUCUUCCCCCUGAUUGGGGUGAUGGGAGUGGAUAAGAAGCUCCAGCAGAGUUCUCGUGCAGAGCUGAUGCGUGUUCUUAAGGUUCUUGACCAGGCUUUGGCACCAAGAACCUACCUGGUGGGAGAGAGUAUUACCCUGGCUGAUAUGGCUGUAGCCAUAGCUGUUCUGCUACCUUUCAAAUAUGCACUGGAGCCGUCAGACAGAGAGGCUGUAACCAAUGUCACCAGAUGGUUCACAACUCUCAUUAAUCAGCCACAGUUCCUGAAGGUCCUGGGGAAGAUCACCCUUUGUGAGAAGAUGGUCCCAGUCACACCGAAGACAAGUCCUGCUACAAAUGCUAAUGCUGUUGAUACCAGUCCUGCUGCUGACUCUGCCGGCACCCCAGCAAAUGGUCCACCGAAGACGGAGGCCCAGCUGAAGAAGGAAGCAAAGAAGAGAGAAAAGCUUGAAAAGUUUCAACAGAAGAAAGAAAUGGAGGCAAAGAAAAAGACACAGCCUCCAUCUGAGAAAAAGGCCAAACCUGAGAAGAAGGAGUUGGGAGUGAUUUCAUACAACAUCCCCACCCCUGCUGGAGAAAAAAAAGAUGUUGUUAGUCCACUUCCCGACUCCUACAGUCCUCAGUAUGUGGAGGCUGCCUGGUAUCCAUGGUGGGAAAAGCAGGGAUUCUUCAAGCCUGAGUAUGGGAGGAAGAGUAUUAGUGAGCAAAACCCUCAGGGCAUCUUCAUGAUGUGCAUCCCUCCACCUAAUGUGACAGGGUCACUUCACUUGGGUCACGCCCUCACCAAUGCCAUCCAAGACUGUUUGACCAGAUGGCACAGGAUGCGAGGUGAGACCACCCUGUGGAACCCAGGCUGUGACCACGCUGGCAUUGCAACCCAGGUGGUGGUGGAGAAAAAGAUGAUGAGAGAGAAGGGCAUGAGCCGUCAUGAUCUGGGCAGGGAAAACUUCAUCCAGGAAGUCUGGAAAUGGAAGAAUGAGAAGGGAGACCGGAUCUACCACCAGCUGAAGAAACUGGGCUCCUCCCUGGACUGGGACAGAGCUUGCUUCACUAUGGAUUCUAAACUUUCCUAUGCAGUCCAAGAGGCCUUUAUCCGCAUGCAUGAUGAGGGAGUAAUCUACAGGAGCAAGAGGCUGGUCAACUGGUCCUGCACACUAAACUCUGCCAUCUCUGACAUAGAGGUGGAUAAAAAGGAGCUCACUGGCAGGACUCUUUUGCCUGUGCCCGGUUACAAGGAGAAAAUUGAGUUUGGAGUCUUGGUGUCUUUUGCCUAUAAGGUGGAUGGAUCUGAUGAGGAGGUGAUCGUGGCCACAACUCGUAUUGAGACCAUGCUGGGUGACACUGGUGUAGCUGUUCACCCUGCUGACCCCAGAUAUCAGCAUCUAAAAGGAAAAAUGGUUCUUCAUCCUUUCUGUGACCGCAAGAUGCCGGUAGUCUUUGAUGAUUUUGUGGACAUGAGCUUUGGAACAGGCGCUGUCAAAAUCACCCCAGCUCAUGACCAUAAUGACUACGAGGUUGGAGAGAGACACAGUCUGCCCUUCAUCAACAUCUUGGAUGAAAAUGGCCUGCUCAUUAAUGUGCCUCCUCCCUUCCUGGGCAUGAAACGUUUCGAGGCCAGGAAAGCGGUGCUUCAGGCACUCAAAGACAGAGGCCAGUUUAAAGAGAUCAAAGACAACCCCAUGGUUGUCCCAGUUUGCAGCCGUUCCAAGGACAUUGUGGAGCCACUGCUGAAGCCCCAGUGGUAUGUGAACUGCAGAGAUAUGGGCAAGGAGGCUGCUGACGCUGUCCGAGAGGGCAGGCUCAAAAUCAUCCCAGACCACCACCUCAAAACAUGGUUUAACUGGCUGGACAACAUUAAGGAUUGGUGUAUCUCUCGGCAGCUGUGGUGGGGUCACCGUAUUCCUGCUUACUUCGUCACUGUCAGCGAUCCGUCUGUGAAACCGGGAGAGGACAUGGACGGUCAUUACUGGGUGAGUGGGAGAUCAGAGGAAGAGGCCAGGGAGAAGGCGGCGAAACGCUUUAAUGUGUCUUCUGACAAAAUUACCCUCAAACAGGAUGAGGAUGUUCUGGACACUUGGUUCUCAUCUGGCAUUUUCCCUUUUUCUAUCUUUGGCUGGCCCAAUGAGAGUGAGGACCUGAAGGUGUUUUAUCCUGGCACCUUGCUGGAGACAGGCCAUGACAUCUUGUUCUUCUGGGUUGCCCGCAUGGUUAUGAUGGGCCUCAAACUGACAGGCAAGCUGCCCUUCAAAGAGGUUUAUUUGCAUGCAGUGGUGAGGGAUGCUCACGGAAGGAAGAUGAGCAAGUCUCUGGGCAACGUCAUCGACCCUCUAGACGUCAUUACAGGGAUCUCCCUGGAGGGUCUUCAUGCCCAGCUGACAGACAGCAACUUGGAUCCUGUGGAGGUGGAGAAGGCAAAGCAGGGGCAGAAGUCAGACUACCCAAAUGGCAUCCCAGAGUGUGGCACAGAUGCUCUCCGGUUUGCCCUGUGUGCUUACACCAGCCAAGGUAGGGAUAUCAACCUGGAUGUCAACCGCAUCCUGGGUUACCGUCACUUCUGCAAUAAACUGUGGAACGCUGUGAAGUUUGCCAUGAAGACACUGGGAGAUAACUUUGUACCAUCAGAGAAAGCCCAGUUGUCUGGAGAGGAGAGUGUAUCUGACAGGUGGAUUCUGUCCAGGCUGAGCGCUGCUGUUGCUCUCUGUGAUGCUGGCUUCAAGGCCUACGAUUUCCCAACCAUCACCACCGCCAUCUACAACUUCUGGCUGUACGAGCUCUGUGAUGUCUACCUGGAAAGUGUGAAGCCGGUAUUCAGUAAAGCAGAGGAAGACAGCACCAGCCAGACACCAGCCCUGGUGUGCAGACAGACCCUUUACACCUGUCUAGAGGUUGGGCUACGCCUGCUGUCUCCCUUAAUGCCUUUCGUCACUGAGGAGCUCUACCAGAGGUUACCACGAAGAAAUCCUCAGAGUGAUCCUCCCAGCAUCUGUGUCACAUCAUAUCCCGACAGCCAGGAGUUCUGCUGGGGCAGCGAGGAGGUGGACCGUGACAUGGAGUUUAUAAUGACCAUUGUCAAGACGAUCCGAUCACUCAGAGCCGACUACAACCUGACCAAGACCAGAGCUGACUGCUACCUCCAGUGCAUAGACUCUGCAACCGUGUCCCUGGUGCAGAAAUACAGUCUGCAGAUCCAGACCUUGUCUUAUUCUCAGGCCGUCAUCCCUCUGACAGCCAACCAGCCUGUCCCAGAAGGCUGUGCUGUGGCUAUCGCUUCUGACAGAUGUACUGUCAACCUUAUGCUCAAGGGUCUCAUUGACGUGGAGAAGGAAGUGGCUAAGCUGAUAACGAAGAAAGGUGAUUUGGAGAAACAGAUGGAGAAACUGAGAGAGAAGAUGGCGAAGAAUGACUACAAGGAGAAGGUGCCGGUGAAGGUGCAGGAGCAGGAUGCUGAGAAGCUCCGGCAGAGCCAAACUGAGCUUGAGAAGGUGACAGAAGCCAUGGACAACUUCAGGAAAAUGAUGUAAUUUCUAUUUAGCUUUGUGUAAAUCAAGAUUUAGUUUCACUUUUUUUUUUUUUUUUUUUCCAAGACAAGUGAAGUAUGGGCAAUAUUCAAUAAAGCUCUGCAAUCUAUUAAUCUAACUCAUGUAUCUGUAAUGUGUUGAACAGUUGUAACAAAUUAUGAUGAAAAGAAUUAAAUCACGUGAAAUUUUCA